UCGCAAAGGUGGCUGAAGCUCAACGCUCAAGCUUCGUCUUCUACUUUCCGCCUACGGUUCCUUCGGAUUCUAACAGUAAAACUCUUUCUAAAUGAUUCUUUCCGCUCUUCUAACCUCAGUCGGAAUCAAUCUCGGCCUCUGUUUCUUGUUCUUCACUCUCUACUCAAUUUUACGAAAUCAACCUUCUAACCUCGCUGUCUACGCUCCACGUUUGGUUAGCAGACAGAAAUCGCGACGGCGAAACGAUGAAUUCAACUUAGAAAGACUGUUUCCGUCUCCCGGUUGGGUGAGACAAGCUUGCGCGCCCUCCGAGGAUAAGCUCUUGUCAACUUUAGGCUUCGAUGGUGUCGUCUUCAUGCGCAUUUUCAUUUUCUGUUUGAAGGUAUUUACAUUUGCUGGGAUUAUUGGUGUCUUCAUCCUUCUCCCGGUUAAUUAUUUGGGGAAUCAGCUGAGUUAUGAUUUUUCUGAUUUGCCAAACAAGUCUUUGGACUCCUUCAGUAUUUCGAAUGUAGACAAUGGUUCAAACAGGUUAUGGAUUCACUUUUGUGCUGUGUAUGUUUUCACUGCAGCUGUCUGCUAUCUUCUUUACUAUGAGUAUAGUCAUAUUUCGUCAAAAAGAGUUUCUUAUUUCUAUUCAUCAAAACCUAAGCCUCAUCAAUUUACAAUAUUAGUCCGUGGUAUACCUAUUUCCUCUGGGGGCAGCGUCAAUGAAACUGUUGAGAGUUUUUUCAAAGAGUAUCAUCCUUCUACUUACUUUUCACAUUCUGUUGUUCGGCGGACAAACAAAAUUCAAAAACUCAUUAGUGAUGCGGACAAGCUGUAUAGAAGACUUGCCUUCUUAAAAUUGGAAAAGGAUUCCCAGCAAAGGUUUAGACGUGAUGGUUUUUUGGGACUCUUUGGACGCAAAGUUGAUCUUUUGGACCACUAUGAAAAGAAGUUGGAAGAUUUGCAGGAUAACGUGAGAAUGGAGCGAUCUUCUUUGGCAGGAAAGGAUAUACCAGCUGCUUUUGUGUCUUUUAAGUCACGGUUGGGUGCUGCAGUAGCUCUAAAUAUUAAACAGGGGGUCAAUCCCACGGACUGGAUCACUGAGCAAGCUCCUGAUCCUCAGGAUGUUUACUGGCCUUUCUUUUCAGCAUCAUUCAUGAAAAGAUGGAUCUGCAAGCUGUUGGUGUAUGUUGCAUCUUUUGCUCUUAUAGUCUUAUUCCUUGUUCCAGUUGUAAUUGUGCAAGGUCUUACUCACCUGGAUCAGUUGGAGACUUGGUUUCCGUUUUUAAGAGGCAUCCUGAGUCUGACAUUCAUUAGUCAAGUAAUUACAGGAUAUCUUCCCAGUCUUAUCCUUCAGUUGUUCCUAUCUUUUGUGCCGCCCGUCAUGAUACUAUUUUCCUCUAUUGAAGGAUACAUAUCUCUCAGCCAGGUAGCAAAAAGUGCAUGUAACAAGAUGUGGUGGUUUACUGUAUGGAACAUUUUCUUUGUGAAUGUGCUAUCAGGAACAGCUCUCUAUCAGGUCAAUCUCUUUCUUGAGCCCAAGAAAAUUCCACAGGUGCUUGCUGAAGGUGUUCCUGCACAGGCGUCAUUCUUCAUUGCAUAUGUUGUGACAUCUGGAUGGACCAGCCUAUCAUCAGAACUCUUUCGACUGACUGCUCUCAUUUACAGUUUCAUAAGUAGAAUAUUUUCUCAUAAUUCUGGUAAUGAAUUUGAGGUUCCAUCAAUUGCUUGGCACAGUGAGAUCCCAAGGAUUGUCUUCUUUGAACUUCUUGGUAUCACAUACUUCUUCCUUGAUCCACUAAUUCUUCCGUUCCUCUUGGUUUUUUAUUGUCUGGGAUACAUCAUCUACCGAAACCAGUUAUUGAAUGUAUAUGCACCCAAGUUUGAAACUGGUGGAAAGUUUUGGCCUAUAGUGCAUAAUUCAACAAUUUUUUCCUUGAUACUGAUGCACAUUAUUGCAAUCGGCAUAUUUGGGCUUAAGAAGCUUCCUCUGGCAUCCAGUUUGACUAUUCCUCUUCCAGUUCUCACACUUCUUUUUAAUGAGUACUGCAGGAAACGGUUUUUACCGAUGUUCACAGCUUUUCCUAUGGAGUGUUUGGUAAAGAAAGAUCGAGAAGACCAGAAUGACCCUACAAUAUCUGAGUUCUACAACAAAUUAGAAAACGCCUACCGGGAUCCAGCUCUGAUGCCAGUUCAAUAUUCCUCAAGCACAGAUGGACGCAAUUCUCCCCUUCUUCAUUCUGUUUAAGUAAGUCAAUAUUUUGCUUACAUUUAAGCAUCUCGCCGCUAGAAAGUAUCCUUGUCUUAUUCAGUCAUACAUAUUGUUCUGAAUCUCGUCUGCACUCCAUGUGUUUGUUUGUAUUAUGUUCUUGAAGAUUAUGCCAUUUGUGCAUCAGAACCUUGUUUUCAGCUCGCUGUUGAAUUCUAGGAUGUAAUUAAUUUGACAACUCACUAUCUUUACUAUUUCUUAAGUUUGUAUAAUAUACAUAAGUUAUUGGUUUCACAUUAUAUGGAAUUAGAUUAGACACCA